AUCACGCUGUACACCCAGUGGGGCCCACUGCCGGUGCCAGUGCUGUGUCCCUACUGCAAGCGCCAGAUCGUGACCAAGACCGUUUAUAGUUCGGGAUUCCUCACCUGGAUGCUCUGCGGCGCCCUCGCGACACUCGGGGUUUAGGUUUUCCCGCUGUGGCCACGGAAUCUUUGACCCGUGAGGAAACCCAUGGCUACUUCCUCGGUCUCCGCCAAGGGCUCCUCGACCUUCAAAUUCCGCCGCACCAGCGGCAGCCCACUGCGAAAAACCUCGGGCUCGGGCUCACCCGCUCAUUCCUCGGCGCUCGACACAGGGCCAGCCUUUCAAGAUCGACGCAAGGAUGAGGCGAAGCAAACGAAGCGACCCGACCGCAACGCUCCAGAUGAGGGCUACACCUAUACUCCUCCUGCGCCACUAAACACCUGCGCGGGCAGCCCCCUCAUGGUGUUCGGGCAACCAGGGCCAGUGUCCAUCGUGACAGUGUUCAGCAGCUGGGGUCCUCAGCCGGUGUCGGUGUCGUGCCCGUACUGCAAGACGUUCGUGACGACACAGGUGUGCCCUCAGCCUGGACUGCUCACCUGGCUCAUGUGCAGCGGGAUGGCCAUGCUCGGCUGCGUCUUCGGCUGCUGCUUCCUCCCUUUCUGCGUGUACGAAUGCCAGGACGUCGAGCAUUUCUGUCCGAACUGCAGACGCAUACUUGGCGUCUUCCGGCGCAUCUGAGCGGAGAACAGCUGCCUGCCAUCAUUUGAGCACCAGUAAAUCCAUUGCGCACUGCAAGGCACUUCCCUCA